AAGGUGCUUUCCAGUCGGUCAUUGUGGUUUAGAUAACGGCCGGCUCAGUGGCGGUGGAUUAUCGACGCCAGUCAGAGUAGUUUUUAUUUCAUUAUCUAACGGGAUAGUAAUUAUAAAAUCCGUGGUAGUUAUGAAAGUGGUGCAAAGUUUUUCGCUGGUUGGCCUCCUGGCGCUUUACGGCCUAGUGACCGCCACUGCUGAUAAGAAGCAGACUAAAAUAGUUGGAGGUGACAUAGCAACAGUGCCGAUUCCAUACCAGAUUUCCCUGCAGGUACUGAUAAAUUCGUUCCACGGAUUUGGCCCGAAAACUUGGACUCACAACUGUGGAGGUUCGAUUAUCGCUCCGUACUACGUCGUUUCGGCAGCACACUGUUUAGAUGGCAUCGAGGCUCCCCGGAUGUCGAUCGUAUACGGGACAAAUGAUCUACGCAACAAUAGCAGUAAAGGAACUCGAACCUUGGUAGAAUCAUACAAAAUUCAUCCGAGUUAUGUGGAGCUGAAUCGGAACGAUAUCGGUAUCAUUCGGGUUGUGGAUCAAAUCGUUUUCAAUGAAAUCGUUCAGCCGAUUGUCUAUUCCGCUGAGAAAGUUGCUGGUGGAGUUCGCUGUUUGCUGACCGGCUGGGGUUACACGAUGCCCAAACCCAUCGGAAGGACACCGAUGGACUUACGGGUAGUUGAGCUCACCACAAUUACGAACAAAGAGUGCAAGAACCGAGGUUCUGCUGUGAAUCCAACUGAGAUCUGCACGUUCACCAGAAUCGGACAGGGAGCCUGUUUGGGCGACUCCGGCGGACCGCUGGUAUGCAAAAACCAAGUUUCCGGCGUGGUGUCCUACGGGACGCGCUUCUGUGGCAUCGGCUCACCGGACGUUUUCACACGUGUCUCCGAGUUUAAAACGUGGCUCGACGAGAACCAGUUGUAACGUGAUCUCGCACACACCCCUUCCAAAGAAUGAUACACUUUUUUAUGAUUGAAUUUGUACAAUAAAAGACACUGAAGAAAAGAA